AUGGGGAACUUUUCCAUUGCCUCUCAUUCGGAGGAUCCCACACACUUGACAGCACGCAAGCAGGAUCCAGACCUCAACCCGCCGGUAGACGAACUACGUCUCGCCUACGAAUCAGCAGCAACGGCGUCUCGCGACGAGUCGAUACACUACGAAGAAGGCGGCCUGGACGAGGAUGGGCAGUUAGGCAGCCAGGACUGCGGGUACAACUCCUCGGCAUCCUCGACGCAACACUCCGCGAACGAUCGAGUCGACCGAGAGUUCGAAGAAGACGACUCGGCCUCAUUAAAUUCGCGGACCUCCAGUCGCUCUUCGAUCUCCUCCAUCCCCGACUCGGUACUGAUUCACCCAGCGACCGAGCUGAAGCCGGGAAUCGGCUCCGCGGCAGACGAGCAUCUCCGUCCUCCUUGGAUCAACCACGAUAGUGCAGGGCUGGGCAGGAUGGAGGGACAGCUGCAUCUCAAGUCCAUACACACGAUCCGGCAGCGGGAGGCUGCGUUUCGCAAGCCUAGCUCGGUGCGCGCGAUGCAGAUGCACACGGAGGAUGAGGACGAUGACGAGUUCCUGACGCCCCCAAAACGGAGGGUUGGGCAUCGCAUGUCCGAUAUCUCGAUUCGCUCGGCGGGGUCCUCCCCGCUGAAGAGGUCGACUUACUACUCGCCGACGGGGUCCGCGGGGCGACAGAAGCUGAAGAAGGAGUAUCCGCUUGUGCUGCUUCACUGCAAUCUCCUUCCGCCGUCGCUUCCUGUGCCAGGCCUGAUCGGGUACCCGGACCAGAAGGUCUUGAGGGAGGUACUGCCUCUGGAGUACUGGAGGCGGUGGAAAUUGCUCGAGGAGAAGGUGGGCUCGGGGGUGCUCCGGGACCGCGGCGUGCUCAUCUCCCACCCAGAGGAUAUGUAUGAUCUGCUCGAGGAGAGACUGCUGGAGAGUCUGGAGCUCCAGCGGCCGCGGUUACACCAUGGGCACUUCUUGGGCCACGAGACAGAUUCGGAGAAGGAGGACCACUCCACUACGGAGGACAGUGCGACCGAUGACGAGCAAGGGGAGGAAUGCGCCGACUGUGGCGGGCGGGUUGUCCGGCACGAGGCUCGCAGAAAGUGGGAGAUCAAGGUCUUUGCUGCCAACGGGCUGAUGAGAGCCGGUGCCUGGGCUGCGGCGUGGAGGGAGAUGGAAAAGGUGGAUGUGGAGGUCGGCCUCUGGCUGCCUUCGGAGAUUCGGCGCGAAUUGGAGAAGAGGCUGUUGGAUGAUGAUUUCUCGCGCGGCGAUCCCAGACUCGAAGUGCCGCAGCUGAAGGAGCCGACCGCGGACGCAAUCACAGAUAUGCAGACACAUCCGUCCCGUGUCAACACACCUACUCCCCUGAGUGACGAAGCAACCCUGUUCGUCCCCGAAAAGGCCCCGCGGCCUUCAUCUCCUGUCCCGGAAAUAGCAGUCCCAGAAAAGAACAGUCCGCCAGAUAUCCCAGUAUUUCCUCCCCGGUCGGUGGAGGACAUUGACAUCCAGACAUUGCUCAUCAACUACGUCCGCGUACUAGCCAGUGACCGUCGCAAUGUUGCAAUCGGCCUUCUGAGUAUCUUGGUGGCUUACCUUGCCGUUGCCACCGGGUCUCGAACAAGUUCUUCGGCUCUCAGGCCCUUUCCGCAGGAUAUGUUUGAGGCUGUGUCCGUCUUUUCAUCUGCAAUGCCUCUGGCGCAGCACUCAACCACAGCUUGGGCGGACCAGUUGAGCUCCUCCACUGUCGUGCCCGAAGUAUAUCAAGAGCCUACCACAACUGUUGAGGCUAUAGCCGUCCAGACGCCUUCUGUCCGUGAAGAAGUCAGCUCCGAGACUUUGCAGACUGUUGAGCCUGUGCCGACUCAGGCUGCUGUUCAGGCGGAGGAACCAAAGCCCUCAUUGCCGGACAUUGAUCUGCUGUCUGAGGGUGAUCUGCCAUCUGAGAGUGAUCUGCCGUCUGAGAGUGAUCUGCCAUCUGAAAGUGAUCUGCCAUCUGAGAGUGAUCUGCCGUCUGAGAGUGAUCUGCCAUCUGAAAGUGAUCUGCCGUCUGAGAGUGAUCUGCUCCCUGAGAGUGAUCUGCUCCCUGAGAGUGAGCUGAUACUGGAGGCUGAUCUAUUACCGGAGAAAGAUCUGGUCUUGGAGGCGGAUCUGCUUUCUGCAAAGUCUGUCUACAUUCAAGAUAUUGCUGAGCCGUCCGAAUCGGCCCUUUCGACCACUACAUCUGCUGAAGACCAGAUAGGACCAACGGCAGCAAUGACUUUGGUGGCUGAGACUUGCGCGAUGGCCCCAACGUUUCAAGAGAUGUUCAAAUAA